CGACUCGGCCCGGUGAAGAAACCCGCGGGAGCCGCUGGUGUCGAGGCGGAAGCUGGUCUUUGGAAUUCGUCGACCUUCCUAUCACGCCUUCGUCUCGCCGAGCCUCAACGAUCAGCCCGUCAUCGCGCGUUAGCGCAAUAACUUUGAGUCUGACCUCUGGGAUGUGUUUCCACUUGCGCGCAGCCAAGAGCAGUUUCUCCGCAGUCUGACGAGACGUGUGCGGGGAACUGGCAUGGAGCCGCGGCUCAACCCGUCUGCCGGGCCGUCAAAACAAGGCUGCGUGCAACUGCGCCUGUUGAAGACCGUCGAUCCUCGUGUGUUUGAAUGCUGUAUAAAUAGAGCUGGUUCAGGCGUCGAGAUGAUGGAGUAGCGUUUGGUUGGCAUUCGUUUCACUAUCACCCCGCACGAUGCAACGCCGACUGUUGGCUGUGACGUCGUUCGUCGCGGCGAGCUUUGCCAGCACCGUUGCGGUCCGUCAGGAUUCAGCACCGAUUGAAAAUUGUCCAGGCUAUACAGCUUCGAAUAUCGUCGACACGGGGUCAGCCUUUACUGCUGAUUUGAAGCUCGCUGGUUCUGCAUGCAAUACGUAUGGAACGGAUCUCACGGAUCUCAAGCUCCAAGUGGAAUACCAAAGCGCCACUCGCCUACACAUUCAAAUUUAUGAUGCCGAGGAGAAUGUCUAUCAAGUUCCGGAAUCUGUCUUACCGCGACCAGCCAAAAAUGCAUCGGUCCCAGCUUCAGCCGCGGCAAUUCAGUUCAAAAUCGUAGAGAGUCCUUUCUCUUUCUCCGUGGUCCGCAAAUCAACCAAUGAGACUCUGUUUGACACGGCUGGUUCUCCUCUGAUCUUCGAAUCGCAAUAUCUUCGUCUCCGGUCUCAGCUGCCGGAAUCACCACAUCUCUAUGGCUUUGGCGAACACAGCGACCCUUUCCACCUCAACACCACCAACUACACACGCACGCUGUGGAGUAGAGAUUCUUAUGGCAUUCCACCCGGGACCAAUCUAUACGGAAACCAUCCAGUUUAUUUCGAACACAGAGAAACCGGUACCCAUGGAGUCUUCCUCCUUAACUCAAACGGCAUAGAAUUCAAGGUCAACAAGACAGAAGCAGAUGGUCAGUACUUAGAAUACAAUACUCUAGGUGGUAUCAUCGACCUGUACUUCCUCGCUGGGCCAUCGCCAAAGGAGGUCAGUGCACAAUACUCUGAUAUUGUUGGACUUCCAGCCAUGCAGAGCUACUGGACUCUUGGAUUCCACAAUUGCCGCUAUGGCUACAGGGAUGUGUAUGACGUUGCUGAGUCAAUAGCAAAUUAUUCUGCUGCCGGAAUUCCUCUCGAAACUGCCUGGACUGAUAUCGACUAUAUGGACCUUCGUAAAGUUUUUACGCUGGACCCGGCAAGGUUUCCCCUUGACAAAAUGCGGGAAAUGGUCGACUACCUCCAUGCACACCAGCAGAAAUACAUCGUGAUGAUUGAUCCGGCCACUGCUUACAAAAACAAUACCGCCUAUGAUAACGGAGCAGCAUUGGAUGUCUUCCUAAAGACCUCGAAUGGUUCGGACUUCGUCGGGGUGGUCUGGCCCGGCCCCACAGUAUACCCCGAUUGGUUCCACCCAAGCACGCAGAGCUACUGGAACGAUGAAUUUGUAAAGUUUUUCAGUGCCGAUACUGGAGUGGACAUAGACGGCCUCUGGAUUGAUAUGAAUGAGGCUUCGAACUUUUGCUACUGGCCUUGUUCAGAUCCGUACGGCUUUGCCGCAGCCGAUGGCGACCCACCACCUCCUCCACCUGUGCGCGAGAACAGUGGCAGAGUCAUACCAGGCUUCCCCGACGACUUCCAGCCUUCAGGGACCGCACAGCACCGGAUGUUCAAGCGGCAGACGACUGGCUCGAAACUCGGUCUUCCAGACCGUGACCUAGUGGACCCUCCAUACAAGAUCGACAACCUUAUCGGCUCAUUGUCCAACAGGACUAUUGCUAGUGAUGUGAUUCAUUACAAUGGGCUUGCUGAAUAUGAUACGCACAACCUUUACGGCACGAUGAUGUCUACUGCCAGCAUGAAAGCCAUGGUUAAUAGGCGUCCUGGAAGAAGGCCACUGAUAAUUACGCGGAGCACAUUCGCAGGCGCUGGUGCAGUCGUGGGUCACUGGCUGGGCGACAAUGUCUCGACAUGGGAACAUUAUAGGAUUACAAUAGCACAAUUGCUGCAGUUCACGGCCAUCUUCCAAGUCCCUCUAACGGGAUCUGAUGUCUGUGGUUUCGGAGGAAAUACCACAGAAAAACUUUGUGCACGCUGGGCAACUCUUGGUGCAUUUUCUCCAUUUUAUCGAAAUCAUAACGGGGAUGAAUCUAUUCCACAAGAAUUCUACCGUUGGCCGCUUGUCACAGAGGCUGCCAAGAACGCCAUCGACAUCCGCUACAGGUUACUUGAUUACCUGUACACUGCUCUUUACAGGCAGACCAAGACGGGUAACCCACUCAUAAACCCGCUGUUCUUCUUGUACCCGAACGAUGCCAACACAUUCCCUAUCGACUUGCAGUACUUUUACGGUGACUCCAUCCUUGUGUCACCGGUAACCGAGGAGAAUUCCACAAGUGUCGACAUAUACCUCCCGAACGAUAUCUUCUAUGAUUUCCAUACCGGCGAAGUGGUUCAGGGCAAGGGCUCGUUCGUGAAUUUGCCGGACGUGCCUUUCACGAGCAUCCCGCUGCACAUCAAGGGUGGUAGCAUCAUUCCCCUCCGGUCAGCGUCGGCGAACACGACGACUGAGUUGCGCAAGCAAAACUUCACGCUCGUCAUCGCGCCAGACGCGGAGGGCAAGGCGAGCGGUAGCCUGUACAUCGACGAGGGCGACCUCAUUGAACAGCCGGCCACGUCGGAGAUCGAGUUUACGUACGACGGGGGUAAGCUGACGCUUGACGGAACCUUUGAUUACGACGUUGGUGUGGUUGUAGAGAAGGUUCAGGUGUUGGGCAAUUCGUCGGUCAAGGCACAGAAGCUUGCGACGAGCGUGUCCGUGGCCUUGACGGGACCGGCGGAGAUUGAGGUUUGAGUGGCGUGAGAAGUUUAUUGCUUUGGAGAGGGAUCGGCCGCGACUGAUUGGUGUAUGUAAUGAGUAACGACCGUCACCGUCAAGCGAGAUUCAUCGUCUUACAAGGCGAUCAUGCUUGUACAGAGUAGAAGAAGAAAUUCAAGUAGGGUGGUGUUAGUAUAUAUGAGCUCUAAGACCUAUUUACUCAUAUCCAAGAUUUAGGUUUGUAGGUAGAUAGGGAGUGUUCUAUAGGGAC